AUGACGUCUAUUUUAAACCCAUCACGAUCUACAUCUGUAGAUCGAGCCAGUUACGUUGUCCGGGAGACGGCAAAGAAAUCAAUUCGGUACGUCAUUGGCACGAACGAGAACGCUGAUGACCAGGCACCCUUGCACUAUGAUUAUAAAGUGAAAACACGAGCUCGCUUAAAAACGCGUAACCAAGAGAAGGGCAUUCGGCUGGCGGAUGCAAGCACCAAUUACGUCGAUAAUCAAUUUCUAAAUACAAUUGGUAGUGACACAACUGUUCUGGUGGCCGAUCUGGACUCGCAUUCGGACUCGCAUUACGGUAUCUUCGCCUGGAAUUUGACACAUUUCACCAUUGCAAAUAUUUCAAAAGAGACGGGCAGACUUGAUUGUAAACCGCCGUUAGCCGUGGAGGUCAGCGAUCCUUCUAUUUGGGUGCCUUUUCCUUCCUAUAGCAUCGUGGCUGUUUUCAUCGUUAAAAAUUCGGGACCGGUCGCCAAGGGAGAUCAUGCAUCACAAUGA